AUGUUAAUACGCAUUUUUAUUGCAAUCGAACCUGUUUCCAUGUCAUCGAUGCCAACAAAAAUUAAACUAUCUGAUAUAGAAGUUCGAUAUCUUACUGAACGAUUGAAAAAACAUGAACAUAUGUGUGAUUAUGAUGCAAAAAAUACAAUUACUGAGUUAGAACAUUAUUAUACAGUUCUUAAGAACAAAGAUGGUGUUUAUGAACCAUCAGCAAUGGUUGAUAGAGCAUGGCAUCAUCAUAUUCUUCAUACAAAAAUGUAUAGCAUGUUUUCACGGCAGCAUUUCGGUAUGGAAAUUCUUCAUCAUGUACCGUUUUGGUCUGGAAAUGAGAAAGAAAAUGUAGGAGAAUUAUCGAAUGGAAAAAAAGAAUUCGAUUUUAUCGAUACAUAUGAAACUGUUGUAUCAAUAUUUGGACCACAGAAUGUGAAUGAAACAGUAUGGUAUAUGAUUGAAGAUGAUUAUAUGUGA